AUGGCAAUUAUGAUCACUAAAUGUUUGCUUGAUUGGGGUUUGGAUAAAGUGUUCACUAUCAUAGUCGAUAAUGCUAGUUCUAAUGAUAUUACAUUGAAAGAGAUGUCAAAGCAAUUUAGUAAAUGGGGAACUAAUUUAAUGGAUGGUCAACACCUUCAUGUGAGGUGUAUGGCUCAUAUAGUCAAUCUCAUUAUCCAAGAUGGCUUGAAAGAAGUUGGAGAUUCUGUGAGACGAGUUAGACAAGCUAUAAGAUAUAUUAGACAAUCUCCUGCAAGGCUAAAAAAAUUCAAAGACUGUUGUGAAAUUGAAAAGAUAACAAGUAAAAAGUCUUUGUGUUUGGAUGUUGUUACUAGGUGGAAUUCUACCUACUUGAUGUUAAGAACUACUUUGGAGUUUGAAAAUGCUUUUCUAAGUUAUGGUAUUCAUGAUCCUGGACUGUUGGAACAUCUUCUUACCCAUGUUUGUGAAGAUGGAAAGGAUGUAGGUGCAUUGACAAGUGGUGAUUGGGAAAAUGUGAGAAAAAUGGAGAAGUUUCUUGAAUCUUUUUAUAAUCUUACCUUGAGAGUUUCAGGUUCACUAUAUGUCACUUCAAAUGUUCACUUUCAUGAAAUAGGUGAGCUUGCUUGUAUUUUAAAGUUGUUGGCAGAUAACGAUGACAUUUCUUUAGCUAUGAUGGCAAAAAGGAUGAAAGCUAAAUUUGAUAAAUAUUGGGGUGCUCCGGAAAAAAUGAAUAAGAUGAUUUUUAUUGCUUGUGUGCUUGAUCCUCAUUUCAAAUUUGAUUAUGUGGCUUUUGUGCUUUUGAGAAUGUAUGGACAAGAGAAAGGAGAGAAAAUACGAGAUGAAGUAAAGUUGUAUAUGACUACUUUAUUUGAAGAAUAUAGGAAGGUCACUUCAAAAAUCUCUCAAGGAUCAUCCACUAGCAGAGUUGAGCCAUCAGUUAUAAACAUUGAAAGUCUUCACAAAAGAACACUAAUACAACAAGAAUACUUAAGGCAUAAGGCUGAAAGUGGAAAUAUGGAUGCUAAGACUGAGCUAGAUAGGUAUCUUGAUGAUGAUGUUAAGGUUGCAAAUGAACAUUUUGAUAUUUUGCUUUGGUGGAAAGUUAACUCUUCCAAAUUUCCUACUUUAGCUGAGAUGGCUCAUGAUGUGUUAGCGAUUCCUAUUUCUACUGUGGCAUCGGAAAGUGUUUUUAGCACAGGGGGACGUAUUCUUGAUUCAUUUAGAAGUUCAUUAACUCCUCGAUUAGUGCAAGCUCUCAUUUGUCUUCAAGAUUGGUUCCGAAAAGACACUUCACCCAUUAAAGUAGAAGAAGACUUGGAUUAUCUUGAAGAGAUUGAAUCUGAUUUGAAUAGUGUUUGA